UGGUUGCGCGUGCGCGGGGUGUGGCCUCGCUACCGGAUGUCGGAAGUGGCUGCGUGUCCCGGAAAUGAGAGGCUUUACUUCCUGAUCAGCGCAGAUAUGAUGCGGCAGGACAGUAACGAUGAGACAGAGGAUGUUUCUCUGUUUGAUGCCGACGAGGAUGCACCAAGAACUGCUAAAAAGAAAAAGAUAAGGCAUCCAAUUGCAUCUUUUUUCCACCUGUUUUUCCGCGUCGGUGCCAUAGUGGUUUACCUCCUCUGCGAAUUGAUAAGCAGCAGUUUCAUUGCCUGCAUGGUUACAAUCAUCUUACUUCUGUCCUGUGACUUCUGGGCAGUUAAGAACAUCACAGGGAGGUUAAUGGUCGGGCUGCGAUGGUGGAACCAGGUGGAUGAUGACGGGCAGAGUCACUGGGUCUAUGAAUCCAGAAAGGCAACUCAAGGAAAAAAGGCCACAACAGACGCUGAGUCGCGUAUCUUCUGGUUGGGGCUCAUCACAUGCCCGAUUAUUUGGGUUAUCUUUGCCUUCAGUGCUUUGUUCUCCUUCAAAGUAAAAUGGCUGGCUGUAGUUAUUAUGGGAGUCGUUCUACAAGGUGCAAACCUCUACGGUUACGUCAAAUGUAAAGUGGGCAGCCGAAAGAACCUGACCAGCAUCGCUACCAGUUAUCUCGGCAGCCAGUUCCUCAGACAGACACUAGCUCGAGAAAACCAGGCUGAAUCCUAAACCGUUCACUUUAUUAUGGAUUGUAUUUUUACUGCUGACCAGAUUCGGACAACAAGUAUUAUAUUUUUCCCAUAAUACUGUGAUGAACCGCUUUUAUAUAUUCCAUGACACUCUCGUGGAAACUCCAGACUGAUAAUGUUCUUAUGAACAUACAGGGCCUGGUGUGGCGUGUGGAACCAGAGAUCUGUAUGGGUCUGCGUUGGAUGAACUCGUGCCAGAUGAUAUUUAUUAAAAAUGUCUUUAGUUGGCGUUUCUAGAUUGGGAAACCUAAAAUUCAUCAAUUUUUUCUUUUUUUUGCUGCAACAAAAAUUCUGGUUUGGUUUUUAAUCCUGGGUGUUAUUCAGCAUUUAUUUUCUCUUCUGUUGUUAAAAAUGGAUUUGUGACUAGAAAAUAUCUACAUAAUAUGUUUUUCUCUGGCUGACAAUUGUAAAUAUAUAUUUAUAAAUUAAAGCUCGAUGCAGCGCAGCAUUGUCUUGGAGAGACAAAUAAAAUUUAUUUUCAAAUGUU